GUGCGGAGAGGAACAGCGCAGGCUCUUUUGGACAACGGAGAUGUCUUAGAACGCACGUCUAUGAAUCUUACACAGGGUCACAAAAUAGCUCUGGAAACGGAACAUAUUGGAGCACAAAUCCUUAAUGAUCUUCAUAGCCAAAGACAAACCAUUAGUCGUGCUAGAGAGCGGCUGCGAGAAACGGACACAGACCUGGACCAGAGUUCCCGCGUGCUCAAUACAAUGCUACGGAGAGUGUUACAGAACAGAUUCAUCCUCAUCGCUGUUUUUGUUGUCCUCUUUAUUGUCAUAGUCAUUGCUAUAUAUGUAUCUUUUACUAGAGACUGAUAGCUCCCUCUUUAUUAUAAAAAGGUGUUCCCACUAUAAUUUUAUGUAAGCUCAUAUUGUAUUUUUCAGAAAUAUAUAUUAUACUCUUUAAAA